UGCAGCGAGCCACUUCCGCCUUUGCCUGUCACUCUUCCUCUGUCAGCUCUGGGAUUGGCUGUGGUCUGCGAGACCCCGCCUCCUCUUUGCUGUACGUUCCCUUGCCAUGUGAGUGGGAGGGAGAUUCAUCCGUGGGUGCCUGAGAGAGAGAGAGAGAGAACUGCUUUCUCCCUACUGGGGGCUGCCAGUGUGACGAUGCAGAGGACGGUGGUGGUCGCAGGAGGGGGGAUCAGUGGACUAACGGCUUGUUAUCAUCUGGCCAAAGAUGCCCGUGUGUCCAAGGUGAUAUUGCUGGAGGGGAGCAGCAGGCUUGGGGGGUGGAUGCACUCCACUCGGACUGAAGAUGGCGCUGUCUUUGAACAUGGGCCCAGAGGGAUCCGUCCCGGAGGAGUGGUGGGGAGGAAUACUCUGUGCAUGGUAUCAGAGCUCGGCUUACAACAAGAGAUCCUUCCGGUCCCCCGAAGUCACCCUGCGGCCAAGGAUCGAUACCUCUACGUCAACAAGUCUCUGCACAAACUCCCAUCCAGUGUAGGUGGGGUGUUGCGGACCAUCCCCCCCUUUACCAGGCCGUUAUUCCUCUGCGGCCUCCGGGAUCUGGCUGCGCCGAGAGGCUCUAAGGAGGACGAGAGUAUCUACGACUUUGUCGCCAGGCGUUUUGGGAAAGAGCUGGCAGACAUUGUCAUCGACAGCUUGUGCCGCGGAGUGUUUGCCGGAGACUGCCGAAGCCUCAGCGUGCGCUCCUGUUUCCCCUUCCUUUAUGAAGCAGAAGUCAAGAGGAGAUCAGUCAUUCUGGGGAUGGCAACAGCCGGGGAGAAAGGCCCCCCUGUGGACUCUGAACUGAUCCGAAGAUCCAAACAGGAGCGCUGGAGUCAGUGGUCCCUGCAGGGUGGGAUGCAGACCCUCUCCGAAGCACUGGAGGACUUCCUGAGGAAUAGAGGGGUUGAAAUUCACAAGGACACGCCCAUACGGCAGUUGGAAAGGACGGCAGGCAAUGGAUGGAAGAUCAAGCUUCCAGACGGCAGCAUCUCCGCUGAUUAUAUAUUCAGUGCUCUUCCUGCAAAAGAUCUGAGCUCCCUGCUCCCCCAAGACUUGGAACCUUUAGUAAAAGAGCUGCAGCAGAUGAGUUCAGCCACUGUGGCUGUAGUGAAUCUACAAUAUGAGGGGGACGUUCUUCCCAUUUCGGGCUUUGGGCACCUGAUACCAUCAUCGGAGGACAGAGCUCUGCUGGGGAUAGUGUAUGAUUCCAUUGCCUUCCCACAGCACAACAAGCGCGGCUCCAGCUCCACCCGACUUACGGUGAUGUUGGGGGGCGCGUGGUUCCAAAGCAGCAUAGGAGACCCCGACACCGUUUCUUCCGAGAAGGUUCUAGAGCUGGCAACGACUGCGGCGGCUGAGCAGCUGGGAGUGCGAGAGAAGCCAAGUCGGAGUAUAGUGAACAUUAAUAAGGACUGCAUCCCUCAAUACACCCUGGGACACUGGAGUCGCACAGGAAACCUCUCCACCUAUAUCCGCCAGGUUAACUUGCCUCUGAGCCUGGUCGGCGCCUCAUACCACGGAGUCUCUGUAAAUGACUGUAUCUAUAACGCUAAGCAAGCUGUGCACAACCUUUUGGGGCAUUAGAAUCUCCAGACCCCGUUGCUAACACCAUGGAAUGACUCAAUUGGGGUGCAAGAUGAAAGCAUUGCGAGGGGCACAAUUCAAGGGCUAAGAGAACACGGAUAUACAUUUGCACUGGCAUUUCAGGUACUCGUAUCCAAGCCUUCUCAGAACCGUAUUCACACUGGAUUUAAUCUGUAUUUAUACCAUGUGACGUGUUUUCCAAGUGCCAAUUAAAACUGGCAGCAAAAGAAAAGCCUGUUGUACCCAGCAGGGGGAAUGACCGCUCGUUUGCUUGUCAUACAACCUACAGUGACCGAUUAAAUCCCAGAAACAGUCAUUGGCCAACCCAUCGGAUCAGAUCAGAAACCUCUAAACAAAAUUGUAUGUUUAAAAAAAAAAAAAAGCAUUUUUACUUUUUAUUUACUUUAAUCUGAAUGAAAUCACUUCAAGCACAGUUCAUGGUGAAUGACACUGAGAAGGGUCAGUGCGUAGUCAUAUAUACAUACACACACAUAUAUAUAUAUAUAGAUUUCUGUCAAAUAAAUUACCCAUAAAACCUGUUAAAUAAAGAUCAGAGGCAGAUUUGUGGUUGGACAUAAUUUAAGUGAAUACAUCAUGGCCCCUUCCCCCUCCAGAGGGUCCAGCCGAGUUCUACUCACAAGGGCCGCCCUGAAGGGGUCCGGAUUAAAACACUUUUUUUUUCUUCUAAAUUCCGGUAAAUAAAUACUGGCGCACUCGUACGCGUCGAAACGUUUCCUGCAAGAACAACACCAAAAUGUUUGGUGUGGGACAGACUAUUAUUUCCCCUGGGUGGGGGGGAGGGAAUAAUCGUUCUGCAAUAGUGGUCAGUGCACAGCACUGAACGUUAACUUACCCUUUAAAAAAUAUAACCAUAAUUUCUAUGCACAACCUUGUCUUCUCCAGACAGUUGGCUGCUGUCUGUACAGGCUUUUGUGAGGCAGUGCUGCACUUUACCAAGAAACAGAGUGUGAAGGACAAGGCAGCGGAGCUUAUGAAUGGUCAGUUCUAAAUUCACAGUGGAUCCUGUACCCCCCAUUCCCACCCCCACCCCAUCACUGAGGCACCUGUUAUUUAGGGAACAGCACAGUUGUGACAUUGGUUUGGGUAAAGGGAGGUUCCUUCCAUUCCCAGUACAGCUUCUCAUUAAAAUCUUCUACAUUAGUUCA